CAUUCCACAGACUGAGUUCACAUUAUUUUCGUCUCAUGGUCUGAAAGUGCGUAAAUACUCGCUUUAACUGCGUUGUGCCACCUGGGAGCGGUAAACGCACCGCUAUUGAACUGAAUGAACGGCGGUGACGCACAAGCUUCACGAACAACCGGAUCAGACAGACUCUGCGUAUAUUGUCACUAUUCGCUGUGUCUGUCACCGUUACCGUUGUCGGUUGUCCAUCCAAGCUUUAAAAAAGUUUCGUCGUAUAAUUUUGUGCAGUGUACGUGGGCGUUAGUGCAGAAGAGAACACGGGAGGCAAUGUGAAGUCCCUGUCACUUUCACGAGAGAUGGAGAAUUCGGUUGAAGAUGAGUGCGCUGAUUCGGGAGCGGAGACCGGAGGCUUUGAACGAUGAAAAGAUGCAUCAUGGUUUGUUUAUAGGUCUGACUACAGUCUUAUGUCAUCAGCAAGCAGUGAUUUGUCCAUGGGGGACCUACAAGAUCCUUUCUUAGUUUCUAUCCACAUCAUCACUGACCCCGGUCAGGCCAAAACGCUCCAGCAAGCUGCUGAUCAGGUCCUCUCCUGGCUGCACCCUGAUCUCACCCUCUUUAGGGUGUCAGAACGGGCAGGUGGUCUCUCUCGAAAGCCCAAGGUCCGUCUGCAGCGUGUCACUGAACCUCCAUCGCACCAGCCAGCCUUGGCUGUAAUCCUGUUUCUACAGGAUGAAUAUGGAGGUGAAGAGAGUCUUGAACGUCUACACAGUCAACUGAGAUGCCCACCGUGGCGAUACCACCACACGGAGCGGGUGAACGGGCGAGGGCUUUUACCAUUUUCGCCAGCCAGCCAGGACUUUGUUACACUUGCACCGGGAACGCCGCUAUGGGCACUUCGCCAGGUGCACUAUGGCAAAGAAAUUGUGCGCUUUACAGUCUAUUGUCGCUCCGAGACCUACACCGAACAGGUGCGUCUGUACAGGCUACUCCUGCGCCGAAGGCUGGCCCAGAAGAAGGAGGAUUUCUGCUUCUGUGUGGUGUACUCUAACCCUGAAACAGAAAUCCAGCUGUCAUUCAAGCGGAUGCCCCGUGGCCAGAACCCCGUCCCCACUGAAAAUGCUGUGAUGGAGAUUCGAGUAAGGGAUGUCGGUGAACUUGUGCCAUUGCUGCCACGUCCCUGCACACCCAUCAGUGACGUCCGCUGGCAAACAAAUGAUUAUGACGGGAAUAAAAUAUUGCUACAGAUUCAAGGUUCGCGGUAUUACCGCAAACACACCAUUGCGAAGUUCUGUCACCUUCCUCCUGAUGAUCCUCCAGUUACCUGCCCUCCUCCUCCAGAGCCGCCCCCUCCACCUCCUCCACCAUACGGCCGCGGACCCGCCUCCUACCGAAAUCGCCGUUACCAUCGGAACUCAUCGCGUUCGCGGACCCAGACCCUUCCGUCUCCAGUCACACACACCUCCAGGGCGUCUCCGCCUACACUGUGCGAUCAGGAGAGAGUCCAGAGGGAUGUGGAGCUCUUACGGGCAGGAUGGACAGGCCACCGCACACAGUCCCUCUUUUCUCUGCCUACAGACGAGUCCCGCUCCUCGUGUGCCUCUCCGUCAAGCUUCCGUCCUCGCUGCUUCUCUUCCAUGGCUGCUCCAAUUUUCCGUGUCAAUGUCGAUACUCUAGUGGGAGCCGAAGAGACCGAUGUGGACACGGGACAGACCAUCAGCGGCAGCUCUGUGGACCUGUCGGUGGUCUCAGGUUAUUCCCAUCCACAGAUGAGGCCCCAUUUAAAAGCCCCAGCACCGCGACCAAAGUCUGCUCCUCCAACAGAUGGAGGUCUUGACUUUGCUGAUCUCACCUAUUAUAAUGCCUCCUCCAUAAGACAGACUCCUGUGCUGUAUAGAACACAGAGCAUCUCUGCAAAAUCCACACCUUGUGUAGUACACAAACCACAGCCAAAGAAUGUGAAGGAUGUGCUGCAGGACAAAGGACAGCAGAACGGCAAUGGCAUUGUGACAGUAGAUGACUGUAGUCAAGAAGGCACUGCGGAGGAAGAGCAAGAAUUUUAUAUCUGACACAUGCAGGACAAUCAUCUCAACAGGAUGCAUGCAGGCCUUUGGGUGAGAAGAGGGAAUUUUGAGGUCUUCUAUAAUUGUAAGCAGCUGAGUAUUUAAAUUUGGAAAACACUUAGAGAAGUUCACUUCCAGAAUGAACAUUUCCUGAUAAUUUACUCACCCCCAUGUCAUCCAAGAUGUUUAUGUCUUCAGUUGCAAUGAAAUUAAGGUUUUUGAGGAAAACAUUCUAGGAAUUUUCUCCAUAUAAUGGACUUCAGUGGUGGCCAGAGGGUUGAAGAUCCAAGUUGCAGUUUCAGUGCAGCUUCAAAGGGCUCUACACAAUCCCAGAUGAGGAAUAAGGGUCGUGAAACAAUUUUUCUUUUUUUUUUAAAUAAAUAAAAAUGUAUAUACUGUUUAAUCACAAAUGCUCUUCUUGCAUUAGCUCAACGUUCGCUUUGUAAACACUGGGUCGGUGCUUCCGCCUACAUCACACGUGAGGCUGAACUAGUGCAAGAUGAGCAUUCGUAUUUUUAAAAAUAUGUAGAUUGUUUUUAUAAAAUGAUAGAUCGUUUUGCUAGAAAAAUGAUCUAUCUAUUGACCCUUAAUCCUCGGCAAGGAUUGUGUAGAGCCCUUUGAAGCUGCAUUGAAACUGCAAUUUCAACCUUCAACCCGUUGGCCACCGGUAAAGAAGUUCACUUCCAAAGCAAAAAUUUACAGAUAAUUUACUCGGUCCCUUGCCAUCCAAGAUGUUUGUGUCUUUCUUUCUUCAGUCAUAAAGAAAUUAUGUUACUUGAGGAAAACAUUCCAAAAUUUUUCCCCAUAUAGUGGACUUCUAUGGCGUCCGCCAGUUUGAACUUCCAAAAUGCAGUUUUAAUGCAACUUCAAAGGGCUCUCAAUGAUCCCAGCUGAGGAAGAACGGUCUUAUCUAGCAAAAAGAAAAAUAAAAAAAUAAAUGUACAAUUUAUAUACUUUUGAACCUGAAAUGCUCGUCUUGUGUAGCUCUGCGAUGCAUAUGCGAACUCUGUGUAAUCCGGGUCAAAACAGUUAGGGUAUGUCGAAAAACUCCCAUCUCAUUUUCUCCUCCAACUUCAAAAUCGUCCUACAUCGCUUUUACCUUUUUUUGUAAAGGGUGUUUGACCCUCCUUGCACGUUCACUUUGCAAACACCGGGUCGGUACUUCUGCAGCAAUGUAGGAUGAUUUUUAAGUUGGAGGAGAAAAUUAGAUGGGAGUUUUUCAACCUACAGUAACUGUCUUGAACAGGAGUGCACACAGUACGCAUGUGCAAUGCAGAGCUAGACAAGAUGAGCAUUUGUGGUUAAAACAUGUACAAAUAUUAAUUUAUUUAAGAAAAUGACAGAUUGUUUCACUAGAUAAGACCCUUCUUCCUUGGAUGGGAUCGUUUUGAGCCCUUUGAAGCUGCACUGAAACUGCAUUUUGGAAGUUCAAACUAUAGAAGUCCACUAUAUGGAGAAAAAUGCUGGAAUGUUUUCCUCAAGAAACAAUUUCUUUACGACCGAAGAAAGAAAGACACAAACAUUUUGGAUGACAAGGGGGUGAGUACAUUAUCUGUAAAUUUUUGUUCUGGAAGUGAACUUCUCUUCCUCAAAAUCCUUUAUUUCUUUUUGAAUGAAAAAAAAGAAAGACAUGAACAUCAUGGAUGACAUGGGAGUGAGUAAAUUAUCCGGAAAUUUUCAUUUUGGAAGUGAACUUUUUCUUUAAAUUGAUCAUUCACCCCAAAAUGAAAAUUCUUUCAUUAUUUACUCACUCUCAUGUCACUCUUGUCACUCAUUCUAAACUCUGAAGACUCACCUGAAACACAAAUAAAGAUAUUUUAAUAAAACUUUAGAUGGUUCUGUCCCUUUAAAAAGGGUAACCAAAACUAAUUGCGUUUUAACAUGUCUUGUGAAGAGAUAUGAUCACUUUAAGUAAUGUGCAAAUUUAACUAGUCACUUGUUCACAUGUAAACACAUAUGGUAAACUCAAAUAUGCGCACACACAUGCACAUUGACUUUAUAUGGAGGGACAGAAACACAGGUCUACUUAAAAAUAUCAGAAUUUGUGUUGUGAAAUUUUACAGGUUUGUAAUGACAAGAGGGUAGAAUUUUUGGGUGACCAUUUUGUUUUUGUGUGGACUAUUAUUUAUGCUUUUGUUCUAUCGUAAAUUUGUUUUAUUAGCAAAAGGCCAUGCUUAAGAAUGUGCAUUCAUAAUGAAUGACUUUGAGGCUGAAUCAAACUGACUUGUAUUUGUUGUAUGUUGUGGUAUUCUGUAUUGUGUUAUAAUAGUUUUAUUAGCAAAAGACAUUUAUUGCUCAUGUCAGAAACUUAACGAAGAAGAAAACUCUGCCACCUAGUGGUUGAACAUGGCAACUACACAGGUGCUAGACACUUGUGCCAUGCCGCACAGAUCACUCAUUAAUUAUUAGAGAAAAUAUUGAAAUCUUUACAAUUUGUACAGUACUAUUUGUUGAAUGCAAUGCUUUACAUUAUCACACAUUUUAAAUUAUAUGUAAAUAUUUUGUUUUAAAUAUCUGUCAGUGACAGAUGUCAGUGCUUUAUGCAAAUUAUCAGUGAUUAUAUGGAUAGCCAAGAAAAUAAUCAAGGAACUCAUUAAUGUUUGUGUUUACAACUAUAAAAUUAUAUUGUUUUUCAGUUGAUUGUGUGAAGUAAUUGAUGUUGAUGUGUUGUUGUUGUAUUAAGGAGUUAGCAGCUGUUUCUUUGAGGGGAAAAAUAAAUAAAUAAUGAAUUGUGGGAACUCA